GAGCGGAUCUCCAGAGAAUCGACUCCAAAGGAGUCGAGUCGAGUUGCGAGUGGGAAUUCCUCCGGUGGAAGCGACCUUGUCACCAUGGGGGAGAGCCAUGCGUACGGGGCUUCCUUGUGCUGCUUCAGCCGGAGGCACUUCAUCCUGACCGUGUGUUUGGUGAUGACCUUGGUCUACGCUGUCCGUGUCCUGCGGUGGAUCCUCCUGGCGAGUCUUUACUUCGACACGCCCAGGGACCACCCGAACAGCUGCGUGGGCCAGCAGUGCUUCGAGGUCUUUAGCUGCUACGGCAUGAAGGACACCACAGCGCACGUCAUCGAACCGCUCUUCUCGCUGUCCGGACUCCUCCUCUUCCCCCUGGGCUUCCAUGCUGCGAUGCACGGAGGGGACCUGGACAUGAAGCGCUUCAGCCUCUUCAUGCUCGCCACCUCGCUGCUGCGGUGUGGCGCGCUGGUCUUCGACGUGACCUUCUUCUACACCUGCAACAUGUAUGACUCCAACAUGAUGAGCCUCGUGCUGAGCAGGUUCUUGCCCCCGAGCCCAUUGCGCCUGGGUGUGCAGGAAACCCUCGCCGGCUUCGACAGCUUUCCCAAGGAGGCCGUGGGUGCCGUCACCAGCUUCAACAUCUUGGCCUGGUACCUGGUGCUCAUGGGCCUUUGGACCGCCUUCUUCAUCUACGUCACCAUGGAGGCCUUUACGCUCUCCUCGUUGAUGCAGCACGGACUGCUAGGCUUGGGGGUGCACUUCGGCCUGGAUCAGUGGGAUGAGGAGCUGAACCGGGCAGCGAUCCGGCGGAAGGCGCAGAGCGGCGUCAGCAGCAAGUUCAUGGACGAUGCGGUGCUGCCCUUGAGCCAGCACGUGCACGUGGGUGGCCUCAGCGGCUACGGCGCUCCCAGCUACGCCCCGCGGAACUACGCCUACGCGGGAUACGACAAGGACAUGAGCAUGACCACGGACUUCAGCACGGGCCCGCCCCCGUCCUAUGAGGUGCCGGACCACUUCAGCGCGGAGGAGGAGGAUGCGGAGGCCGUGCGCAUGCUGGCUGAGAGGUUGGCCAGGGAGGAGAGCGCAGAGGAGAUCCUCGACCGCACCUGGGAUUGACGGGAAAAUCGAAUCGACGC